AUGGCGUCUCUGAUUCCCGGCCCGGUGCCGCUUCCAGACUCUCGUUUCGAUCUCGCCACAUACUGGGGCCGUGUCAAGCACUGUGCUGAAAUCCUGGACCCCACAAUGCUUCUUAACACUUCGUCAGACAUUGAAGCUGCCAAGAGGGUCGUGUGGGACUAUAGAAACGGCGUCACAGGGAAGCUUACGCCUGACUUCUGGCGGUCCAAGAAAGUGUUGGACUCGGCCUUGCACCCAGACACCGGCGAGACCGUUUUCUUGCCGUUCCGUAUGAGCUCGUGUGUGCUUUCCAACUUGGUGGUGACGGCUGGUAUGCUUACGCCUGGCUUGGGCACGAUGGGCACUGUGUUCUGGCAGGUGGCGAACCAGUCGUUGAACGUGGCUAUCAACAUCUCCAACGCCAAUAAGCUGCACCCGUUGACCACAAAGCAGAUUGCUACGAACUAUACGAUGGCCGUUACAGCGUCCUGUUCUGUGGCUCUCGGCCUCAAUGCCAUUGUGCCAAAGCUCAAGGGCUUGAAGCCCAACACCAAGAUGGUCUUGGGCCGCUUGGUGCCUUUUGCCGCUGUGGUUUCUGCCGGUAUUGCCAACGUCUUCUUGAUGAGAAGCGAGGAGUUGAAAAAGGGUAUUUCUGUCUACGACAAGGACGGCAACGACUUGGGCUCUUCUAAAAAGGCUGCUUUCUACGCUGUUGGCGAGACCGCUGCCAGCCGUGUCAUCAACGCUACCCCAGUUAUGGCCAUUCCACCGUUGAUCUUGGUGAGACUUCAAAAAAGCAGAUUCCUCAAGGGCAAGUCCAAGUUGACCGAAACCGCAGUGAACAUCGGCCUUAUCUUCGUCACAGCCCUUGUUGCUUUGCCUCCAGCCCUUGCCGUGUUCCCACAGCGUGAGAUUGUCUCUCCACAGAAGUUGGAGGACAAGUUCCACGACCUCAAGGACAAGAACGGCAACAAGAUCGAGCAGGUUGAGUUCAAUAGAGGUAUUUAG